CCAAUGAGAGUGGUGACAUUAGCAAAAUCAGUUUGAAUGUCCAGAUAGGAAUGUGGGUAUUGUUUUGUGGUGGACUUGCAUUUAGUGUCGGGAAAUUGUGAUAUAGUGAAAAGUGCCCGCGCUGCCUUUAGGUCACGCAGAUGACACGUGUGUGGUAUCCUCCUCAUGUUUAACUUCCACAGGUCAGCCGUCAGCUUCUGCACGACGAAAAAGGCCGCACGUCCGUCAAACAUUAUACGGUUAUUUCCCUGUGGAAUUUAGAUUAGAGUUAAACAACCCUCGCAGAGACACGGUUAGUUGGUGAUGAGAAGCAGCCUGAUGAUGCCUUGAACGAGCCAUCAAGAGGCUUUUUCACGCGCAGCUGACGCUUCCCGUCUACGCUGCUUUCCUCCUUCAUGUCCUGGGAGCGUGUUAAAAGGACACAGAGGUGCAAGGCAAUUAGCUUUAUAAAAAUGCAUGUCUGAACUAAUUGGGGGGCACAGGGAGAAUAUUUAUUUAUCUCCUUAACUAUCAGCUCUCACAGUUGCAGAAGUUUGCGACGGUAUUCCAGCAAUAUCUUCUUAAACUGCAGGAUGUCUCCUGAUGAACCAACUGGUCAGCUGUGCUCUCUGUUGCACUCAGGUGCAAAAUUCACACUGUGCUUAAAACUUUGUUGUUUAAGAAAAGCCUUUUCCCCUGGGAGUGGGCCUUGGAAUAAAGCAACAUAGGAUGUGUUGUUUUCCCGUGUGUGCGUCCACAUGUUCUGAGAACUAAUUAAAAUGGCAAGUUCAAGCUCGUCCUUCUCAGGGGAUUGGAUCAUGUUGCAUUACGAGUUCAUUUCUUUUUCUUCUCCUGACAUGCAAUUCUAUCUCAUGGGCUCCUAAUGAACUAAUUCAAUUUUAGGAGCACAUUAACUCUCAUCGCGUUAGAGGUAGAUCUUUAUGGGUGAAAUAAUAUAUCAGUUAAUACUUUACACAGUAGGAGCUGCACUCAAAUGUCACUGUUGGAGAUAAUUGAGUUACGCGUUGAGAAAAGCCCUCUCUUGGGUCAUUAAAUGCUGUACUAUCUCACUCCAGUCACCUCUGAGUAGUCAAGGUAGCGGUUUAAAAUGCAAGUCAAGUUAGUUCAGAUGCGUGUCUACUUUUUAACCUUUUGCCCGUUUAAGUAUGCGAGUGAGGCUUUGGUUGGUGAAGAGGGAACGUUCCGUGCACCCCUCGCUGUGCCACUUAAUCUGUCCCACAGCAGAAAACUGUGCUUUAAGAGGCUUUUGGCUUAGCAGCCUCCUGUCUGAUAUUGAUGGGCCUUCAACUCGGUGUUUGCAUUACGGGAGAAGGGAGCACAUUUGACCUCCCAAAACCUUUGAUUUUAUUUCUCCAUUCUCCAACACAAUCUUCAGUUAAAAACAGGGAGGUAUCAUCAAAAUGUUUGCUGAGUGCUUUCACCUCUAACAUCAAAUCAUUCAUCAGUUUAGGUACCUGUCUGAGCGAUCUCUAGUUUUAUUGUUUCUCUCCAUUGUGUUUCAUCUACCUUUAAGUCUGUGGGCUGUAUGUGUUUCACCUCGCUGAGAGACGAGUGUCCCUUCAGGCACAAAAAUCUGAAAAAAAAACUAAAUUACAAGUGAUUUGUGUAAAAUAACAUUAGGGUAAUACACCUAAUACACCAGUAAAAGCACCUGUGAGUGUUGCACUAUUACUCUAUUAUAAUUUAUUUAACGUGUAUUAGAUAAUGGGAUUGUUCCUUUUGAAGUGUUAUGGCAAAGCUAAUAUUAAAAUAUGAACAUAUAUCAUGUUUUUUUAUGCAUCGACUUUGAACAGUGAGUAAAUGUACAUUUCACAACCAAUUAAUAAUAAACCAACUCAACAGGGUUGAUACCUGGAAACCCAUAGCCUUUUUUUUAAGUAAUCCCGUUUAAUCUCAUUUCAUGGUAUUUUCUCCUUUAUUCUUCAUGCACUUGAGAGCAACGGGCUUAAUAUUCACCAGCGGCUUCAGGAUAUGUUGCAGUUAAAUCACGCUGCACGUGCAGCUCUCAACUUGCCUUAUUUGCCCUUAUAACAUCCUCAAAGUUUGGAAGUAACUCCAUAUUCAGAACCUCUGUGGCUUUGGGUGAAUUAGACAAUCAUAAAUUGGAUGCUGUGUCAAACUCUACAAAUGGAAAUUGUGGAUCAUCGGAGAUGCAGACCUGUCUCAUCUUUGUCCACUGGAGGACACUGUGGCGUUGGUGUUUGACUAACCAACACUCAAGAGGGCUCUUUUAAUCGCCAGUGGAUUCUGAAAUUGAUUGCGGAAUUAAAAAUACAAGAGUAAUAUGAAGAGUCUUAUAAGGAAAAUCAAAUUAAAGCAUCAGUAAUUACAAAAAAAAAAGUGCAUCCGGAGUAAUCCCCGAAGGGAAACAGUGACACUGAGAAAGUGUUUUAAUCUUUUUUUGAGUGUAAACUUGUGUCUAUUAGACGUUAUUAACACCAUUUUCUCUUCCCGAUGCUUGGAUCUCCGUACACGGCGUUCUCUGUGUUAUCCUUCCUGUCUGAAACCCGGCGAGGGGACGGAAUCAGUCAUCUGAAUUGAUCUCAAGUAAUUGGAGGCUGAGGGAAGAGGGGAGUCAAUGGACCAUGAAAAACACAUCCAACGGCCUGUCACCAAAACUCACCUGUUUGCGACUAUAAGAGCACAAACAACCCGACACCUUCAGGAGAAAGCGAUCGGGGAGAAGGUCCGUCUCAGACCUUCGCUGCCCGCGGCUCUUCCCAGGAAUGCCCUCCGAGAUGUUUGUCCGCGGGAUGCUCUACUUGUCCCUCACCGUUUUGGGAGUGCCGGGUAAUGCGACCGUCAUCCUGGCGUUCCUCCUCUUGCUCUACCAGGAGCGUCGCCUCCUCCCGUCUGACGCCAUAGUCCUGCACCUGGCCUUCGUCAACCUGCUGGUGGUGGCCGCCCGCUGCCUGCCGGAGACCCUGGCCUCCUUCCGCCUGUCCGGCAUCUUCGGAGACGUGGGCUGUAAGGCCGUGAUCUUUGUCUACAGAACAUCCCGGUCCCUCUCGAUCUGGCUCACCUUCGUCUUGAGCGCCUACCAGUGCCUGAGCAUCGCCCCUCCCGGAUCCCGCUGGGCCCACCUCCGCGUCCUGUUAGCCCAGUAUUUGGGCUUAGUGUUCCUCAUCCUCUGGCUCCUCAACACCUGCAUGUCCUCGGCAGGCAUUCUCUUCUCCUUCGGCACCAAAAACGUCACCAACCUGACAAACUUUGACAUCAACGUCCAAUUCUGCUACGUCAACUUUCCUUCAAAGUUGUCCAUCCAGGCGAACGGGGCCUCCCAGGUGGGCAGAGACGUGGUGCCCAUGGCCCUCAUGACCCUUGACAGUCUGAUCAUCCUGGUCUUCCUUUACAAGCACAGCCAGCAGGCGAAGGAUCUCCGCGGGAGCAGGGGAGGCGGGGCAGAGCGCCGCGCCGCCAAAGUCGUGGUGGCGCUCGUGACCUUGUAUGUGGUCCUUUACGGGGUCGAUAACGGGCUUUGGGUCUACACUCUCACAUCCAGGAAGGCCAUGGAAUCCUCGCUGAUCUCUGACCUGCGCGUGUUCUUCGCUUCCCUCUACGCCGCGCUGAGCCCCGCGGUCGUCAUCGCCUCCAACAGGAAGGUAAACAGCCGACUGAGGUGUGACGUGAAGAGGAAGCCCGUUGAGGAGAAGGACACGUGUCUUUCUACCGUGUGAGGCCUGCAGGGAUGCCGCAUUGUGCACAGGGGGCAGUAGAAUAGAAAGCAUGAUUAUGAGGGUGAAUCUUUCCACGGCGUGGGUAAAUCCACGGGCCCUUUUUAUUCACUGGGUGUAUUCUGUUUAGUGAAAGGAACGGCAUGAAAGACUUCUUCUUUCCUUUGUGUUCAGGAUUUAUAAUAAUGAUGCUUUUCUUUUUUAUUUAUUAAAAUGUGUUGCUCAAUAACUGACGAGGGAUGAGCACCUGCAUUUCAGGAUGAAAUGGUUUGUCUUUGGGCUGGUGGAAAGCGGCUGUCUCACUGUAAUUAAAGAAGAAAACUGUCAUAACAACACUAUUA